GUUGGGUUCGCGCACUCUUCGCCCGCCGCGUCUUCCUGGGACUCUCCUCGCGUCGCGGAGCCAUGGCGUUCGCCGAGACCAACCCGGCGGCAUCCUCCCUGCCCAACGGCGACUGCGGCCGUCCCAGGGCGCGUCCCGGAGGGAACCGGGUGACAGUGGUGCUUGGCGCGCAGUGGGGCGACGAAGGCAAAGGGAAGGUGGUGGAUCUGCUGGCUCAGGACGCCGACAUCGUGUGCCGCUGCCAGGGAGGAAAUAAUGCUGGCCAUACAGUUGUUGUAGAUUCUGUGGAAUAUGACUUUCAUCUUUUACCCAGUGGAAUAAUUAACCCGAAUGUUACUGCAUUCAUUGGAAAUGGUGUGGUAAUUCAUCUACCAGGAUUAUUUGAAGAAGCAGAAAAAAAUGUUCAAAAAGGAAAAGGUCUAGAAGGCUGGGAGAAAAGGCUUAUCAUAUCUGACAGAGCUCAUAUUGUAUUUGAUUUUCAUCAAGCAGCUGAUGGUAUCCAGGAACAACAAAGACAAGAACAAGCAGGGAAAAAUUUGGGUACCACAAAAAAGGGCAUUGGCCCAGUUUAUUCUUCUAAAGCUGCUCGGAGUGGACUUAGGAUGUGCGAUCUUGUUUCUGACUUCGAUGGCUUCUCUGAGAGGUUCAAAGUUCUUGCUAACCAAUAUAAAUCUAUAUAUCCCACUUUGGAAAUAGACAUUGAAGGUGAAUUACAAAAACUCAAGGGUUAUAUGGAAAGAAUUAAGCCAAUGGUGAGAGAUGGAGUUUAUUUUCUAUAUGAGGCCCUACAUGGACCACCAAAGAAAAUCCUGGUAGAAGGUGCAAAUGCAGCACUUCUAGAUAUUGAUUUUGGGACCUAUCCUUUUGUAACUUCUUCAAACUGUACCGUGGGAGGUGUUUGUACAGGUUUGGGUAUGCCACCUCAAAAUGUCGGAGAAGUAUAUGGAGUUGUGAAAGCUUACACAACUAGAGUUGGCAUUGGUGCCUUUCCUACAGAGCAAGACAAUGAAAUUGGAGAGUUGCUACAAACAAGGGGUAGAGAGUUUGGUGUAACUACUGGAAGGAAAAGAAGAUGUGGCUGGUUGGACCUUGUUUCACUCAGAUAUGCUCAUAUGAUCAAUGGAUUUACUGCGUUGGCACUUACCAAGUUGGAUAUUUUGGACAUGUUUACAGAAAUCAAAGUUGGAGUUGCCUAUAAGUUAGAUGGUGCAAUCAUACCUCAUUUCCCAGCAAACCAAGAAGUCUUAAAUAAAGUUGAAGUUCAGUAUAAGACUCUCCCAGGCUGGAACACAGACAUAUCAAAUGCAAGGACUUUUAAAGAACUACCUGUUAAUGCACAAAAUUAUGUUCGAUUUAUUGAAGAUGAACUUCAAAUUCCGGACAGGGUCUCACUAUCACCAUCCUCCUGCCUCAGUCGUCCAGCUGGGUCUCUAGCUCUAGAAUGUCCUGGGUCUGAAUUCUACUUCUCCUACCUCCUAGCCAAGUGAUUUGGGGCUAGUUUAUGCACUGUCUCUGCACCUUGGCUACGUCUACUGAAAAUGGGAAAAACAAAACACUUCAGAGAGCUGCUGUGAAGACUAUG